GUGUUGAUAUGCGAUAUAAUUUUAACAUAUGGAUAAUAACACCAGGGCUAGUUUUAUUAUGGAGGGAUAGCUCUUAUUUUUUAAUCAUAUGUAAAUUAAUUAUUUAUAACGUCUACGCCUGAUACUGGUUACUGGCAGAGACCACGUCAAAUGGAAAGCAUGCAGUGUGCAAAAUUGCAUCCAAGGGAGACAACUAAAUCAAAUCGAGAUAUCGAGAGGAAGAUAAUGCAGGAAAGUAAUGGUAUCUGGUCAAAGGGAGAUAACUGAUAGAAUUAGAGACGAGAGAUAAAGAAAAUGUGCGAAAACAAUGCUGCCCUUAUGUCUAAGGGAGAUAACUCACAUAGAGUGUGUUUUCUUGUCCUUUCUGGAAUACCAGGAAGUGGAAAAUCCUCACUUGCUAGAUCACUAAAGACUAGCAGUGUCAAACUUUCUGAUGAAAAUGAUCCAGACAUUCGUAAACUUACUCCAAACAUUAAUGAAAACAUUAAAUCAUCAAGUAAAUCACCACAGCAACUGGAGGCUGAAGCAUCUUAUUAUAGUCAGGUCGCUUCUGACCCUGGGAAAGAAAAGUGCCACAUCUUCCUCAUUUCUUAUGAUGAGUUGAUACCAGAAGACAGAGAGCUUGAGAUGAUUCAAAGUGGUGUCGACUCCGUAUGGAAGACAUCUCGAGAGAAGAUAAUAAACUGUGUUGAAAGUCUGGUGGAAUGUUUGUCGUCAUCAGACAGACAACUGACAAAUGUGGAUAAGCCAAUUGAUGAUGAUGCAUUAUGGGACAGAUUUUGUGAUGUUGUAGAAAUUCAAGGAGCUGGUUUUACAGAUUCAAAGGGAGAUAACUCCAGACUGUAUGUUUUAGUUAUUGACGACAACAUGUACUACCGGAGCAUGAGAUAUAAAUAUUUCCAGCUGGCCCGAAAAUAUGAGCAGGGCUUUUGUCAGGUACACCUAAGAUGUACAGAAGAAUUGGCCAAGGAACGAAACAGUAAGAGGCAAGUCAGGAGAGUUCCAGACGAGGUCAUCAGUACCAUGGCAACCAAAAUGGAGGUGCCUGAUUCAUUGGAAUUCCCAUGGGAAAAAUACUUCUUAAUAUUAGAAAGUUCUUCAAAUUUUCAGAGCCAGCUGUGCGAUAUCGACACACUUGUGCGUUCAGCCAUGUUGGACCCACCGAGGUCACUCCUGGAUGAUAGUGCAGAAAGGGGGGAGAGUCGUCAGAUCUGUUCCGUCAAUCAGCUUCAUCAAGCGGAUCAGGUUCUUCGCAAACUUGUCAGUGCUCGCAUCAAAGAUACAGGAACUGCUAUGUCACAACAGAAAAGGGGCCAGCUUGCCAAAUUCUGCAGUGUGUUAAAAUCACAGAUCCUGAAAGAGCUACGGACUGGUGACAUUCUUGUACCAACAGAUAUACCAACCUUCGAUGCUUCAAAGAUGGAGAACUGCCAGUUUUAUAAAUUUGUUGAAGCCAUUUUCAUCACCAGAACACAGGAUGGUGGAUAUUGAUAUACAUGUAACUUAAAUUUAAUGUAAAUUUUACUGAUUUUUAUUUAUUGUAUAAUAAUUAACUGUUAUUUUACAUGUUAUUAAAAAUUAUUUGAACAAUAUAUUUCUUGUAUGUUCAUUUUAUGAAAUCAUUGAAGUGAGGUUGCUUUUUGAAGGUCAAAUUUUUUCAGUUUCACAAUAUAUUUGAAGCAGAUGUGUACUUUGAACAGAAAAAAGGAAUAAGAACCAUAAUUUUUUCAACUUGCUUAUUUGGGAAAUCUAUUGUAUCCUCUAAAAUAGCCAAAAUUAGAAGCCCUUGAAAAUAAUGACAUUUGAAGUAAGACAACAUCUUCAUGUUGACAUAUAUACAGUUGAAGGCAGUGUGACUUGCACUCUUAGAUAUUCAUGUAUGCUGUGACCUUGUUUAGAGUUCAACCAUCUAUCGGUAUACAGGAUAAAUUUAAUCCUUAAAAUUUGAUGUUAUCAAAAUCAUUAAAUUUUACGUUGCUAAAAUAACCGCAAUAUUACAGAUGAUUGUUCCUUUGCUGGGUUUAUCGCCCCAUGAGCAUCCAGGGUCAGUUUAAGGCUAGGUCACUUUGUAGUAGUUGAUGAUUACCUCUUGUAUUGGCCAAGGACACAACCACAAUCCUGACCAGGCCGGUCUUAGAAGACCAGGGGGGUACCAGUAUUUAUCCUUACCCAGGGAGCGCUCCCAUAUCAGGGUGAAGAAAAGUCCAGUUCUGCUGAAAUUUGAUGUCUUGCCCAGUCAUAUACAGAAUGUAACAGUUUUCAUAUUUGAUCAUCAAUGUAACAUUACCGUGUGAUAAGCCCGAGCCUAACAUUAAAACUUAUUAAAGGUGGCUUAUAGCAAUGUGUUGUAACAUUUUACUAAACUGUAAGAGACACAACUGGGAUUUGCUUCCAGGUGUAGGCUAUUUGCCAAACAAAAGAGGGCUUUUUUCAUCAGAGUAUAGACAAUUUGCCAGAUGCAAAUGAUCUUUGUUAUCAGGUAAAGUCUAUUUGCCAACAUGUGUAGGCUUUGUUACCAGGUAUAGGCUAUUUGCCAAUGUGUGUGGGCACUUUAACUGUGUAUAGGCUAUUUGCCAAUGUGUGUGGGCACUUUAACUGUGUAUAGGCUAUUUGCCAAUGUGUGUGGGCACUUUAACUGUGUAUAGGCUAUUUGCCAAUGUGUGUGGGCACUUUAACUGUGUAUAGGCUAUUUGCCAAUGUGUGUGGGCACUUUAACUGUGUAUAGGCUAUUUGCCAAUGUGUGUAGGGCACUUUAACUGUGUAUAGGCUAUUUGCCAAUGUGUGUGGGCGUUGUUAUAGUGUAUAGGCUAUUUGCCAAUGUGUGUGGGCACUUUAACUGUGUAUAGGCUAUUUGCCAAUGUGUGUGGGCACUUUAACUGUGUAUAGGCUAUUUGCCAAUGUGUGGGCACUUUAACUGUGUAUAGGCUAUUUGCCAAUGUGUGGGCACUUUAACUGUGUAUAGGCUAUUUGCCAAUGUGUGUGGGCACUUUAACUGUGUAUAGGCUAUUUGCCAAUGUGUGGGCACUUUAACUGUGUAUAGGCUAUUUGCCAAUGUGUGGGCACUUUAACUGUGUAUAGGCUAUUUGCCAAUGUGUGUGGGCACUUUAACUGUGUAUAGGCUAUUUGCCAAUGUGUGUGGGCACUUUAACUGUGUAUAGGCUAUUUGCCAAUGUGUGUGGGCACUUUAACUGUGUAUAGGCUAUUUGCCAAUGUGUGUAGGCACUUUAUCUGUGUAUAGGCUAUUUGCCAAUGUGUGUGGGCGUUGUUACAGUGUAUAGGCUAUUUGUGAAUGUGUGUGGGCGUUGUUACAGGGUACAGACUAUUUGUCAGAUGCAGGUUGGCUUUGUUAUGGGUAUAGACUAUUUGUCAGAUGCAAGUUGGCUUUGUUAUGGGUAUAGACUAUUUGUCAGAUGCGAGUUGGCUUUGUUACAGGGUACAGACUAUUUGUCAGAUGCGAGUUGGCUUUGUUACUGGGUAUAGACUAUUUGUGAAUGUGUGUGGGCGUUGUUACAGGGUAUAGCCUAUUUGUCAGAUGCGAGUUGGCUUUGUUACAGGGUAUAGACUAUUUGCCAGGAUAAUUUGGUAUCUAAGGAGAUGGUUAAUUACAUUGUUCCAAGCAUCUUCUCACCAUGUGACUGGUACAGAUCAGACUAAGUAAUAACAAAAUUCAAUUUUAUACUUUGUAGCAUUCAGUUUAUUGUCAAAAAAUAGUUAAGUUCUAGAAGAAUUAAGAACCAAAGAAAGAGAAAAAGAGGACGGAAAGAGAGACAGAGAGAGAGGAUAAGUAGUUUACUUUUGACAGAAGGAACUACUAGAUAAUAGGUUCUCUAAAAUGAAAGUAUGCUAAUACACUGUAACUUACUGCUUCUCACCACAUAAUAUGCUAAUUCAUAUAAAUUGAGUUUCAAAAUAAGUAUUUUUCAUGAUUAAGAUCAAAAUCACCCACAUAAACUUGGUAUUACCAAACCCAUGUUGUGUAUAAAACUACAGUUCAAGUACAAGUUUUUUUUUUAGAAUUUGGAGUUUUAACUUGGUGACAAAAUCUCUGUAUUUACACUACAGAAAUAAAUUCAAGUUUAAAAAUUUCAAUUUUGAGAAUUAAUAU